AUGGAUUAUUUAUACCCACCUCACUGUCUGGAGGUGUGUAUAUGUCAUCAUGAGGCUCUGCUGUUUGAACUUCUGAUCGUCUGCCUGCUCGGAGCCCUGCACGCAGAACCAGAGGAGAUGGGUGAAGAUGAGCAGGACCUGAGGAAGAGGUACGCCGAGUCCACCAUCACCAGCGAAAUCAGCAAAAUCAUGGAUUCAAUGGUGCAGAAAAACUUUGUCAAGUUCCUGCUCAGCCAAAGGGAGAAGAAAAGCAAUUGUGGCUUAGUAAUUUUUCUGUGCGAUAAAACUCGCAGUUCCGACUUUAAACCUUCCUCUUGGCGUUUGGGACAGACUUCAGCAAAAUGCGGAGAGGUGUCGGCGGGGGCGAUCGCCAGAAAGAAGCUGGCCGAGGCCAAAUAUAAAGAGAGAGGAACUGUUCUGGCUGAGGAUCAGAUAGUACAGAUGUCCAAGCAGCUGGAAACCUUCAAGACCCACCUGGAGGAGUUUGCCAGCAAGCAUAAACAAGAGAUCCGCAAGAACCCGCAGUUCAGGGUCCAGUUCCAGGAAAUGUGCGCCACCAUCGGCGUUGACCCGCUUGCAUCUGGUAAAGGUUUUUGGUCUGAGAUGCUCGGCGUUGGUGAUUUCUACUAUGAGCUCGGUGUACAGAUCAUUGAAGUGUGCCUCGCCCUGAAACACAGAAAUGGAGGACUGAUCACUCUGGAUGAACUCCAUCAGAGAGUCCUGAAAGGACGCGGUAAAUACGCUCAGGACGUGAGCCAGUAAAGCCAUAAGAAACUGAAGGUGAUGGGGAAUGGUUUUGGGAUGACUGUUGGUGGUUCUUACUUGGUCCAGUCGGUCCAGCUGAGCUUCAACAUGGACCACACUGUAGUUCUUCAGCUAGCUGAGAAAAAGGGAUACGUCACAGUGCGAGAGAUCAAGGACAGUCUAAAAUGGGAGAAGGAACGAGCGUGUCACGUGCUGGAUCACCUGCUGAAGGAAGGCCUGGCUUGGCUGGACUCUCAGGCCCCCGGAGAGGCACAGUACUGGCUGCCGGCACUCUUCUCCGAGCUCACUUCCCGUGAUGUCACACCAGAGGCCAAUCAGAUGACACCUUAAGGAGCGUGGGUGGACCCGGACCAGCAGCUCGAGGCUUGCUGGUAGCAGAACACACCCUGUGGGAAGAAGCGGCUCGUGUGGACGGAGUCGGCCGGUUCUCUGGAGCUUGUCAGGCAGCAUGGACUCCCUCUGAGGUAACUGC